AUGCAAACAAGUCAGAUAUAUCUCUUUCAUUAUAUAAAUAAUAGUCCUUCAUUUUCAUUUAGAUAUUGUCUUGAAGACUUAGCCAAUGAAAUACUUUAUGAAAUAUUUGAAUAUCUUGAUCCAUAUGAUAUUUAUAAAGGAUUUUACAAUCUUAAUAAACGUUUUCACAAUUUAGCUAUUCAUUCAAAUGUUUUAACUAAAAUCAACGUUUCAACAAUGUCAAAAUCAAAUUUUGAAGAUUAUUAUCGAAAUAUUCUUAUACCAAAUCGAAAUCAAAUUAAAUUACUUCGUUUAUCAAAUCCAUUUACUGCUGAUAUUAUUUUUUCACCACCACGUACUAUUUUAAAUUUUGGUCAUCUUGAAACAUUAAUUCUUGAUAACGUACAAAUUAGGUAUUUUACUAAAGUUUUUAACCGUUUAAUAGAUUUACCUAAAUUGCAUUCAUUAACUAUUUCUCUUGUUGGUUACAAUCAAUCAGUAGAUCUUCUUUUUAUACAUACUUUUCGUUUACCAAAAUUAAAAUAUUGUAAAAUUGAAUAUCAAAGAAAAGAUAACAAUAAUGAACCAUUUCAACUUUAUUUUACUCAGUGUUAUUCUAGUCCUAUUGAAUGUUUGAUAAUAAACGGUCGUUUUCCAGUUCAUGCAUUCCGUAAUUUAUUAUGUUGUCUUCCAAAACUUCAACAUUUAUCAAUAGAUUAUCUUGUUGAUUCUCGUUAUUAUAUGGAACAAGAAGAAUUAUCUCAUAUUGAAUUAAAAUAUUUAAAACAUGUUUCUCUUAAAUUUGAUUUGAUAUAUUUUUAUGAAUUUGAAAAGAUUAUUAAAGAAUUUUUUUAUCAUGUUGAAAUUUUACGUCUUACAACGCAUUAUGAUGAGAGAUUUUUAAAUGCUAAACGAUGGGAAAAGUUGAUAAUGUCUUACAUGCCAUAUUUACGUAUUUUUGAUAUAAGUCACCAAGAUUCUAUGAAGAAUGAUUUAACAUAUCAUGAUUAUACGUAUUAUGGGAAGCCAGAUGAUCAAAUAUGUUCAAAUAUUCAAGAAAAAAAUUUAAAUUCAGUUAAACAUCUUUAUAUUGCUAGUGAAGAAAUCGGAGAUGAUUGUGUAAAUUAUUUUCCAAAUGUUAAUGAAUUAUCUAUUGAAGAAUCAGUUGAUUUGAUUAGUGCAACUCUUCAUCGUAUGAUUCCUUUAAAGGCAACUGACGAAACUAGUUAUUAA